UAGUUGUGUCCACUCGUUGCCUUGACAGCACAGGAGAUAACGCGGUGCAGCUGCGGUAGUAGACGACACAUCAAGCGGUACGCAGGAGACCGGGCCAAGCAGCGCUCGGCGUCAAUGUCCCCGCUGCUCACGAAGUGAAGCAUGGGCUCCGCGGCAUCGCAGUCAUGGCCAGAUCCACCAACCGAAGCGCAGAGGACGGGGAUCCCCGUGUAACCGCCCCCACGGACCGCGCGGAGGUGCGGGACCUGGCCGAGCCCCGGGAGCUGUCUUUGGAGGAGGUGCUGAAGUCCUACGAGCAGCCCAUCAACGAGGAGCAGGCAUGGGCGGUGUGCUACCAGUGCUGCAGCGGGCUCAGGGUGCCCCGCCCGCCGUCCGGGAGACCCGGUCGGGUGAAGGACCCGUCCUCUAUCCUCCUGCACCGGGACGGAACCGUGUCUUUAAAGGAGGAGCCGCAACCCGACGAUGACAAUGAAGGCGCUCCUCUUCCACCAAUCGCAGAGCGACAGCUGGUUCAGUCCCUCGGUGUGGCCAUUUACCGAGCUCUGGACUGGGGGCUGGACGACAACGAGGAGCGGGAGCUCGGCCCGCAGCUGGAGCGCCUCAUCGAGCGAAUGGCGGGCGGGGAUCAGGGCGGCGAGGGCGUCAGCUCCGCUGGCAGCGGAGCUACCGAUGAGGGGUACAGCGGACAGGAAGAAGAGGAGGAGGAGGAAGAGGAGAAGGAGGGAGCGAUCAGGCCGGUGUGUUCGUUUCGUCAGGUCGUGGUGCUCUGUGCGUCCCGUCUGGCCAACCCGAGUCUGGCCCCGGAGCACUACCAGGCCGUCUGCCGCGCUCUGUUUGUGGAGACGCUGGAGCUGCAGACCUUCCUCGUCAAGAUCAGAGACGCGAAGGAGGUACGUCACGGCGCCGUCGUGUCAGAAAGGUUGUUUCCUGAGCAAGGGCCAAAUCAGACGAGAAGAUAAAACUUUACAUGUUUA